UAGAUUUGCAAUUUUCCACGGACUAGACCCCCACAAGAAAACUAAUACAUACAUCAUACAUGUACACACUAAAAUAGUGAAAUAUAACAAUAAUGGAAGCUAAUAAGAAGAAUAAGGUAAAGAAAUUAGGAUCAGGCAGUAUAGAAGAAGAAGAAGUGGAGAAUGAUAAAGGUAUGAUAAGAAAAGGUCCAUGGAGCGUUGAAGAAGACGUGAUUCUGAGCAAUUACGUGGCCACUCAUGGUGAUGGUCGCUGGAACGCCCUCGCCCGCUCUGCAGGACUUAAGAGGUCCGGGAAAAGUUGCAGGUUGAGAUGGCUAAAUUAUCUUCGUCCUGAUGUUCGCCGCGGAAACAUCACACUCCACGAACAAAUCACCAUUCUUGAUCUUCAUUCACGCUGGGGAAAUAGAUGGUCAAAAAUUGCGGAGCACUUGCCAGGAAGAACGGACAAUGAGAUAAAGAAUUAUUGGAGGACCAGAGUGAGUAAGCAGGCAAGGCAACUCAACUGUGACGUCAAUAGCAAAAUAUUCAGGGACGCCUUGCGUUAUGUUUGGAUGCCUCUUUUGCAAGAGCGACUUCAAUCGAACUCGCAAAUGGAGCAUCCAAACGCAACACAAGCCUACUCCUCGGACUCAUCAUCAUCAGCAUCCCUUGGCAUACAACAAUUCUGUUCUGAAUCUGAUCAACAAGUGAUGAGUAAUCAUGGUGUUUUGGUGCAUAGUAUUGUUGAAGAUGAGCCCGGAAUAUGCCCGAGUAUGAAUAACGAAACGUUUGAAUAUACCAAUAUACCCUUGGGGGAUAGUGGGGACUUAAUGCUGGAGAGUUUGUGCAACAACGAUGACAACAUAUAUGGCUUCUGUCACGACUUUGUCAUGACCUUGGAAUAAUUCCAUUGCGUCACGUAUCACCUCGCACCACUAUAAUAUACCUAGUGAAAUAAAGUAGUUGACCGUUAAUUAAGCAUCUACUAAUUCUGUGAUUUUACAUUGUGACAUGAUCUGGUGUACAAAUUAUGGAUCUAUAAUUCUAUAUAGAUCAGAGGCUAUAGCAUCAUCAGGGACAUGUAUGUAAUAUAAAUAUAUAUUAUAACCCCUCCCAAAAAAUUGACGUCAUGAACAAGUGGAUGAUAGUGUUCCUAUAGAAUUAAAUUAUUGGCACAAAGUACAAAUACUUGAAAAUUGUCUA